GCUGUGGCAACCCAGCUACAAUGGCCGCCGCCAUCGCCGUUGCAACGUUAUUUGUGUGACAAGUCAUGUCAUUUUUGUUCAUGAUAUAUGAGAAAAUCCAAUGGCAGAUUAUUUCUUCGGGUUCGAUACUUCGUCAUCGAACUUAAAUGACGACGAAGGAGCCGGCGAACCGUCGGAAGAUGAAUAUGACGCGCUCAACGAUGAGACCUUUGGGCAGGCGGAUGGCUUCGACUUUGAGGAGCAUGAGCAGAUGGCUUCUCAACUCGAGAGCAGCCGCCGCCACCACAGCACCCUGGACGACGCCAAUUUUCAGCUGGAAGCCUCACUGUCCCAGCUAGUGCUAGAUGAGAGCGAGCAUUCAUCGGCUCUCGGCUCCAGUGUUUGGCGCCACGACGCGCCCUUCCCGUACCAACCGCCACAGCAGACGCCGGCACCGAUCCUCAAGAAUCUCUGCACCGUGGAGGAAAUUGAGAGGCAGCUGCGGCAGAAGCAAGCUCAGUCGCAGCAGUUCCCGCCCUCGCAGAACUAUUUCCAGCCACGAUUCCCGCCAGUCAUCCUCCAGCGACCGCCCGGCCUCCAAGCUCCGGUUCCUCUACCCUUCGCGCCACAAAACAUGCCCCUCAACCAAAACAUGAUGCCAAUGGGCCCCAACAUGGGCCAAAACGUCAACCAGAUGGGCCAAAAUAUCAACCAGAUGGGCCAAAAUAUCAACCAGAUGGGCCAAAAUGUCAACCAGAUCCAAAAUGUCAACCAAAUGGGCCAAAAUGUCAACCAAAUGGGCCAAAAUGUCAACCAGAUGGGCCAAAAUGUCAACCAGUUCAUGCAAAACAACCAUUACAACAACAUGCAUCCAAACAUGCAUAUGAACAUGAACCAACCAAUGGGCAACAUGAAUAUGGGACAGAAUCAAAUGAUGCCGAAUGGCAACUUUCCGAUGAACCAGCCCGGGAUGAACCAGUUUCCACCGAUGAUGCCCCGGAUGAUGCCUCCGCCUGGGAUGGGGAUGCCGAGGCAGAAUUUUAACCCGAAUGUUGGGCAGUUUAAUCAUAAUUUUCGUGGCCCAUCCAUCCCCUCAAAGCCCGAACCGAUGAUGCUCCAAAAGCCGCAGCCGAACCAAUCACCCCCCAAAAAUGGGAAAACGCCCCCAAAACUGCAAAAAAGUCGCGUCUACAACAAUUCCAAAACACCCAACAUGACCUCUCAAAAUUUGGUACAAUUGAUACAGAAUACACACCCGAUGCUGCAGUUUAAUAAUAGCUACCAUAAUGCGAAUCAUCAUCCGAUGCUGAAUCGGGGAAUGCAAUUUGGGAAUAAUAUGGUGUUUGGACAGAGACCGAAUGGGACUUUCAAUAAUAAUCAUAGGCAUAUGAACGGAGAUGACGUGACAUCGUCAAGUGACGCCGACGAAUACAGCGGUCUCAUGACGCAGCGAGAGAAGCAAUGGCUCAUCAACAUACAGAUGCUGCAACUCAACACAGGGACACCUUACAUACAUGACUUUUACUAUACGGUGUUCUUAGAAAGACAGUCGCAGAAGGAGAAAGAAGGAGUGAAGGAAGCUCACAAGGCCAAUCAGCAGAACCACCCUUUCUACAGCGGAGGUGUAAAGCAAGAGUCCCACGGGCGGGAAAGGCACAAUUCCAACCGACAUAACUCUACAAGCGAGGACGCUCCGCCGAGAGCGUACGUGCCUACGCAAUUUGAGAACUCACUAGGAAAGUUGCAGUGUGGCAGCGUCACGGCGCCUCGUAAGAUCAUCGAUGUGGAUCUAGUGGGCGGCACCGAGCCCUCCGCGGUGCCCUCGAGGGCUAACAGCGUCGCCAGCACCACCAACCCCGCUGAGGUCCCUCGAGAAAUGCGCAGAACGAAGCAACUGCUACUGGACAUUGAGGCGUUAUAUCUCAUACUGCUUAGGCUUGAGGAGCUUAACGAUCCCCUGGCGAUAUCCAACGCGUUCAUACUCAAGGAAAGAGAAGAGAAGCAGAAGCAGUUAGAAGCAGCGCAGAAGGAAGCGCUCGAGCACGAGCUAGAAGAAGACUCGAAUGUGUUCCUGCGGAACAUCGAGUCCGUUCAGCGGAGGCCUAAGCAGGAGAGCCCUAAGAGCGAGAGCGUCGACAAGAGACAGGUGGUGAAUCUAGCAGUGAACCAGAAACCGCCGCCAGUCAAGAACCUUCUAGACGAGAACAAGGACGAGUUGCUGGACAAGAUGUUCGCUGGAUUAUUACACGCGGACAGACUCGCGCAAAUGCUCACUGUUAGAAAAGGACGGACACUGAUCUCCCGAUUCCUAGCGCGCUGCGGGACGCAUGCUUUAGUGCGGCCGGUGUGGUCGCGCACGCUGCGCGCGCUGCCCGCCGCAGCCCGCAGGGACGGACAGGGCCUGGCCGCGCUGGCCCCGCACUAUAGGAAAUACGUGCUGGGCGCUAGCGGCUGGAGCGCGGUGCUGGAGGCGUGCGCGCCGCUCGCCGACGCGCUGGACCCGGCGCGCACGCCGCACGCGCUCACCACGCCCUUAACCCUAAGCUGCGUCUGCGCACUCAUAGAAAAGGCCUCCCUUCUCGUCAACACCCCCGAAGCGACAUCCAACGAACGGCAGUGGUACAAAUUCCUCAAAACUCUAGCUAGAGCUCUCAAAACCACCACACUCACCGUCGCCAGGCCCGUCACACCUCUACCAGAGCACAAGCUCCUCCACCAUCUCAAACAGCUAGAGUCUAGAACCACUAUAGAGAUACUGCAGAGGGGGAAGAGCGCGGAAUUCACGGAUCUAUCUAAAGCCGAUAUCACGGAACAACUUUUGAAAUAUCUCUGCUGAUGGCUUAUUAUUUCGUGCAAAAUAAGCACGUUGAAGAUAUAUUGCUAUUUGAAAAUGGCGGCGAUACAAUUAACACAUACAUACAUACAAUCACGCCUGUAUCCCAUGAAGAGGUAGGCAGAGCACAUGAAACUACUAAAGCUUCAGUGCCACUCUUGGCAAAUAAGGGGUUGAAAGAAAACGAAACUGUGACAUUGCAGUGACAGGUUGCCAGCCUCUCGCCUACGCCACAAUUUAACCAUUUAAUUUUUAAUCAAUUAAUAUUCCAUCUAAAACAAACUAGAGUUCAGGACCACGAGAUAUUACAGAGGGAGAAAAAUGCUGAAUUGUGAGUGUGCACGGGAAAGCGUCCCACUUUGUGGAUUGAUAUAAAGCCGCUUAGUCAGUUUAUUCAUAUAAAGAUACAAGUAAAUCAAGUAACCGGUAAUGUGGGACGUUUUACUAAACACACUCACUAUUUAAUGACUUUUCUAAAACGAAUAUCUCAGAAUAACUGACAAAAUAUCUCUGUCACAACAUAGCAUGUGAGGAAAUUGCGUCAUAUCGUUUACAGAACGCAAGGUACUAAUGUAGACAUGCGCAAAAUGUGUCACUAAUAACCUAAACACGAAAUUUAAAUAAAAAAAAACCCCCGACCGAAACAUAGUGGACCGAUUUUCAUGAAACAUGGCUAAGAACACUCCCGACUAAGCUUUCAAACAAAAAAACACUAAAUCUAAAUCGGUUCGUCCGUUCGGGAGCUACGAUGCCACAGACAGACAGACACGUAUAUGAGAUAUGUAUCUUUCGUAGACUUUGAAAUACUAACUCUUUCGUGUCCUAACCUUCCAGUAUCCUCAUUUGAAUAAGGUCCUAUAGAGGAAAUAAUACAUUACGAUACAAGUGCGAAAAACAGGAAGUUCGAAACUAGUGGCUAUAUUUUAAAACACGAUUGAAGAGAGUGUUUUAAAUCGACACGAGUUACGAAUUUCCUUUUAGCGCGUAUAUCGUACGUUUUUCAGUACAGAUGGACCUCCGAAGUAUCGACCUACCAUAUAAUGAACCACUUCUCGCAGUGUGCGUAAAAAAAUCACCAUCUGUACUGAAAAAGUAUGUUUUCCAACGAGGGGCGGAAAUAUUACAAACGAGUAAAUCAGAUCGCGAUUGCCGGAGCGAUUUAAAGACUCGAAUUUACAAUAUUCUUACGCCCCGAGUUACACACAAUUUUUCAUCACUCUUGCAACAAAAAAAUAUAUGACGCUAUAAAAUAGUACAUUA